AUGACCAAACUUAUGGCUCUUGUGUCUGCUGAUCAAGCCAUAUUAAAGCUGUCCCCAACAUGGCCUCCAUGGAAGCUCACCCGAAUCUACUCAGCCCUCAUCCUCCAGGAAGACGAGGUGAUGGUAGGGGAGGAUAAGAUCAACGUCCUCAUUAAAGCAACUGGUGUCAACAUUGAACCUUUCUGGCCCAGCUUGUUUGCAAAGGCCCUGGCCAAUGUCAACAUUGGGAGCCUUAUCUGCAACAUAGGGGCUGGGGGGCCUGCUCCAGUAGCCGGAGCCGCACCCACAAAUCCUGCCCCCUCCACUGCUGCUGCCCCAGCUGAUAAGAGAGUGGAAGCAAAGAAGGAAGAAUCCGAGGAAUCUGAGGACAACACGAACUUUGGUCUUUUUGACUAA